UGUUCCCUCUAUUAGUUUUAAUCCAAGGUUUGCUUUCUAACAGAAUUUUUUUCAUUAAAUUAUUUUUGCGCGUCAACGUUUCUUGUAGGUGUUCUUAGGCUCAACUUUUGAAAAAUUUGGUUCUGCAUGAUGUCUGAGCAAACAGAGGAUGUCGAUGCCAUGCAUAUUAUUAAAACAUUCCCAUUGGUCAUCAUAAGCGCUGUUUUGAUAUUCUGUGCAUUUUAUGCUGUUCAUAAGGUUUUAUUUCAAGUGCAUGUCAAUGUGGAGAAAGCAAUUAAGAAACAAUAGAAUGCUGUAACCAAGGGAACUGUAUAUAGCAAUCAAAUACAAUUAACCUCAAGAGCAAAUACGGAUAGAAAAUAUUUACACCAUGAACAAAAAGUAAACCAAAGAUUGAAAAAAUAUUUAAAAGAAUUAGGCAAUACAGACUUAAAGAUGACUAAAGGCCGUCAAUUUGAGCUUACGCUUAGUGAAAUAGACCUAGAGUCAUAUAUUCCUGAAGCACAGCCUUACAUUCUUCAAGCACUAGAGGACCCAAAGAGCGUUGGAAGAGUUAUUCUUAUCGAGGUUGCUAACACUAUUGUCAACAGAGCCUGGGAAGACAAAGGAUACAAUGGAACAGCUGCAAAAAUAUGUAGUCAGAUUUGUGAGAAAGAAUUCCAAGCUGAGAAACAUGAUGUCAUCCCCACAUAUGCUUUCCGUAAUGGCCUAAUCCACCAGUUAACUCUACUUUAUGAUGACAGAGAGGAGAUGCGGGCAACCAACAUUGACUAUUGGGUUUCAUUUGUGCAAUUCCAAGCUGGCUUAUUUGACUUGGUUAAAGAUUCAACUGGGUCUGGAUUAACAACGAUAACAAAUAUUUUAUACGACUGCUUAGAAGACCUAGCUAAACCACCCUGUAUACACAACUCUAAAGAGGCUGUUGCAUUAUGGACUAUUCUAACCUCCAUUGGAUACAACCUUUCCAAAGACUCUCCACAGAGAAUGCAAAAACUGAUGGUGAUUCUACGAGAAUCAUUUCUCAGUCAAAAAACUAACACAAAAACUCGAGAUAUUUUGUUAAAUAUCAUUGAACUUAAUGCAGGUGGUUGGAAAAUGUCAUCUGCUUUGGAGUCAUACUAUUUCAACAUCAUCGCGCUAUAGACUUGUUAAAAGAAGGCAUUUGCAAUUGGAUAAACUGGUGAAGUCCAUUGAAAAACACUUGAUGGCCGUUUUUUAAACUCAAAAUAAAAAGAGUGUCAUUUACAAGGAGUAUGGAUUCAGACAAUUAGUACACACUUUAAAAGUUCUUUAAAUUUUUAGUGCAUUAAUGCUUUAGAGAGCAUGUAAUCGACAACAUUUUGUUUAUUAUUAGAAUGAUCGAUUGGUCAUACAACUUCAGUUACUAUGUUACUCAAAUAAUGGGAACAUGAUGAGAUUCAUGUUUCAAUCUGCUUGUUUCGCAUUGGAUUCUCAGCUGUUAAAUGGCUGAUGAUUCUCCUAAAUUGGCUACCAUUGGUCUUGAUACUUAUAAUUUACAAAAUUGGUCCUGGCUCAUAUUCUGGACUCGUUUUUUACCAUGUAUUACUGCUGAACUCGAACUGCUGAAUAGUUCAAUUUUUCUACUUUUUUGUGUUGAAGCAAAAUAAAAUCAUUUUUAAAAUAUGUCUGUGUAAUGUAUGUAGUCCUUUUUUUUAUUUUAUGAUAUUAGAUGAAUAUAAUUCAACUAAUUUAGUUAAAUUUAAAGUUAAAAAAAAGAUUAAUAAGAAUUUCCUAAAUGAGUAAGUUACUGUAAACUGACUGUCGAGUCAGUUCCAUUGAAGCAUCUUUGGCUUGCUUUUUGUUUUUAUACAUAUAUUGUAGUAUUGUUUAUUGGAGCAAUUGUUUAUUUGUAUAUUGUUAUAAAUUGUUCAUUUUUUAUGGUCUCCAACUUUUUUUUUGAAUAAUUAAUCAAUGAUUUCAUCAAUUAAGAGUCAGGGAGGAUUGGCAGCCAUUAUU